AUGUUCAAGACAAGAUGGCAGGGCUUGGAAAUCUCGUGGCUGCAUGUUUGAUUGGUAUUUAGCCCCGUUUCUGUACAUGAAUCAUUUAAAAAUUCAUAACAGUUAUAUAACGGUAUACUUAAAAAUCUGCUGCUUUAAUUAUUUCAGAAAAAGAUGUCGAUUCAGACGUGCUUUGGACGUGGUCCUACCCCUCCAUAACACAAACUUUCCGUAAGAUCAUUCUGAGGAAAUGCUGUCUAAAGACUGAUAAAGAGGAGAUCAUACCUUUUUGUUUUGGCCAGUUUAACAAACAGUGGUUUUAUAUUUACACAUCAGAGGUUAAAAAUUCUGAAGCAUUGAGUAAGGUUGGCUGUCAUAGUUCUUUAUUUUUCAUGGAUAAUCCCCAUCUUCACCCCGGCCCUUCCCCGCCCCCCAAUUCCUCUGGCUGAUUGGCUUAACAUCUAGAGUUAAGCUCCUUUAGGCGGACAACCCCGGGAAGCAAAAAGCAAAAAAUAUAGACUGACAGAAAAUGAAGAUGACGACUGACUGGAAUGGUUAUUCUUCAAGGGUUAAAGAGGGUCUUGUUAAGGCAUAAUGGAUCUGUCAAUUCCAAGUGUGCCCAUCCCACCCCCGGGCAUUUGUCAUUUUGUUUUGGAAAAGCUGCAAAUGCCCCACGGUGGGGCCGGGUGUUCAUACAAAAAACCCACGGUGGGCUUUCAAAUAGGGUGCAAAUGCCCCAGCCAGUAAAUAAGCCAUAAAUACCCAUUUAUGGGAAAUCUGUAAUAAUUUGAUCAAACUCACAUGUGAAGCACCCUAUGCAAAUUGCUUCUAGCAGCUACACUGUAUAAAUAAUAUUAUUAUUGCAAAAGGAUCACAUUGAUAUGAUUAAUCUCCGUGACAGAACUAUAAAUUAGAAUUUUAAUAAUACCUUUCAUAUUUUUGAAGAUGUUUAAUAUAGUGAAUGAUUGAGUGACACAUGGUUAAUAUAGUGAAUGAUUGAGGGUUAACCGAUGCACUUUACAUGAGCACUUUCUCAUCACGAUGGAACUGUUGAAUUGUUGCUUUUAACGAUACAAUACCCUAAGUUUGUAUUAGCUGUCAAAUAUCACGCACAGUUUUUCUAGGCGUUUCUGCCUCGACAAUUCACGUCCAAAGAAAGUGUCUUUUCCCUUAAUCUCUUCAAACAAUUGGUUGUUUUGCUUCCAUGUGCGAGCUGAUCAUGAUGACGGGAAGCAAUUUCAACUCACUGUUGCCUGAGAGAAAACAAAGGGCAUGAAUUCUUGUUUAGCUUACUUGUGUGUCUUGGAAUUUUUCAAGAUUUUUAUUAAAUUUUAACAGGGGUAAGAGCAUUUUUUUUUUCAGGAAAAUAUUGAGGCCAAUUUUCAACGUAUUGUAUCUAAGCUUUUUAAAAACCAUUUUAAAACUGAUACUGAUUCCUACCAUUUAAAACCAUUCUUUGAGUGAUAAUUAUCAAUACAGUCGAACCUCCCGUAAGCGACCACCGAAAAUGCGAAGACAUAGUCAGUGGUCGCUUACAGGAGGUGGUCACUUACGAGAAUCAAACCACAGGGGGUUUCUUCCGAGAAGAGGUCCGGACACAUCUACUUUAAGGAAGAGAAUUUAUUGCAUUCAAUUUCCAAGUUGCGACAUGUGCAGUGAUGUUCCAUGUUGUUACUAAGGUUCUUCGUAUAUCCUAAGUAGGAUAGUUCACACAGAGACCAUAAGAGAUCAGAAAACUUGUCAAGUGGUCGCUUACAAGAGGUUAAAAACAAUAGAAAAUUGUUAAAUCAUCAGCCCCAAAUAGUGGUUGCAGUCGCUUACAGGAGGUGGUCGUUUACAAGAGGUUCCAACUGUAAGACUUAAACUGGGAAAGUUUUGGUGUUUUGGAUAGGUGGUCGCUUAAGGGAGGUGGUCGCUUAUGAGAGGUGGUCGCACAUGGAGGUUAGACUGUAACAUACAUGUGUAAUUAUUGGGAAUUGAAAUUCCACACUUGUAUGAGUUCUGUUUGCAAUGAUGAUUUAUUCUCUUCUGUUUUCUAGGUCACCCAUGUAGCAUUAACACUCAUAGCAAAGGUGAGGGGAAAACCUUUUUAUUCUUUUAUGCUGUCUAAUAAUUAUUUUACAAAAAACUACUCAUGAAUAGCAACUCAUGUUUAUUUUCUACUAUUAUAAGUCUGUAACCCUAUAAUAACCUGGUUAUGAAGCAGGGGUUUUAGUAAGUACCAAUGACCGAUGAAAUGCGUCGGCUCCUUUGCUGAGAGCAGUCGGCUACUAUUUUCCCCGAAAAAGAAGCAACUACUUUUAAAAAUGUCGUAAACAAAAAGCAUUUAUAUCAUCAAAUCUGAAUUAAAAUGUAAGUUAAUAAUAUUAUGAUAUGCUUUCAAGGUCCACUGAUAUGUGAUGCGUUAGUUACACCAGAAGCUCUUCUGGUUACACAAACGCUGUAUUUCAGUCAAUUUUUCCCGCAUUUCUUUGUAGGUUUACGCAGAAUUUAAUUAUGUACAAUGUACUACAUUGACGUUUGUUCAUUGCUUGUAGGAAUUGACUGUGUGGCUAUGAAACCUUAAUGAAAGCUGGAUUUUUUAAACAAAAAACACGCUCUUCAUUUCUCAGUUUAGUCCCCGAAAGACGGAAAAUCGCAGUUUAGGGCUUUGAAAUUGCCAAAAUUUUCUGGGGGAGCACGCCCCCAGACCCCCCUAGAAGAAGGGGACUAACAGCCCCCUUGUUGAUACAGUCGGUUACUCUAUUAAAUCCUGCUGGCUACUUCAACAAUUAUUGAAAUCCCUGUGAAGUAUUAUUUUUGUUAUUUUUCAUGCAUUGCUACACGAGGUGUCUGUUAUUUCAAUAAUUAUUGUCUGGUGAACAAGAAGAGUUCUGUGAAUCACCUAGACAAAUUAGUGUGUUGAAGUGGAUGCCAGUCAGAUUUUUCUUUUCUGUAUCAAUUUUUUCGAUAUAGUGAUGUUUCCACUCUGUUGAGAUUAAUCGUAUGGAUGUUAUUGCCUAAUCACCUAAUCAUAUGGAUGCUAUUUCACCAGUUACAGUGUACCAUGGUUAACCCUAAUCCUUAACCAUCUAUAUGUAGGUUCUCAAAACAUUCCCCUGCACACAACCCCUACUCUUGCACCCACUGAUUUUAUCACUAAAGGGAAGUCAUGCAUUUGGUGAUCCCUUUCCCAACACCCGACAAUGAAUAACAAGUCAUUUUAAAUUUCUAAGGAAGUAAAUCUGUCACCAGUCUGUUCAGAUUUGGAUCUUGUUGCCUAGAUUUUCCCAUGGGGCUGUGAGGCAGUUCAGUUAAAGCAGACCGGUUUCCAUGACACUUGUUUGAGUAGGAACCAUUCUGCACCCUUGAGAGGAGCAGGGAUGGCAAACUGUUGAGAUCACUUGCCUCUGUUAGCACUUAAUUGUGACAGUGAAAAAAGAUGGGGCACAAAGAAAACUGUGUGCGUAAAGCAAGGUUGUGAUAUAUUAGAGUUGGUGACUCAGGACACAGAAAAAUUUUCCAUUGCCGGUAUUAACCAGUGUCCAUAUUAAGCAGGUCAACUUUAGGGAUAAUGUAUGAGCUAUAAAGGGUUUCAUUAUCAUUUGUCUCACGAUUGUCACUUACGUGUGUAGAUAUUGAUUAUGACGUCUCGACCACAUACUGUACGUCUAAUUCACCAAGUGAUUGUGUCGAUUUACUGAGGAGAACUAUUUAUACCACCAUGAUGUUAGUGAUUGCCGUAUCAUGCACCUUGCUCAUGGUUGGUGGGUUUCUAUCUAAAGCAUUGUUGGCAUUAUUAGUCUAUUUAGAGGAGGAAACUGUUCCCUCAGCGGUGUGUUGUGGUAAUGGGGUUCCAUUACUCUUAGUAUACUUGGCCUCAUCACCACCAAUACAUGAUUUUGUUGAAGUUGUUUUGUUGUUUGUAUUAUUACAGUUAUUGUUGUUGUUAUUAUUAUUAUUAUUCCUAUUUUAUGUUUUUUUUUUGUUUUUCUGAAGGACUUUUGCCCAGAAAAAUACAAAGCACUUUGUAAGAUCAUGAGUAGCAAGUUCAUGAAAACAGGAGAUGCCAGUACCAUGCUAGAAUCAUACCUGUCUGUCAUAACUAAAGGUUCUUGUUCAAAUGAUGACAAUGGUUUGUUUUUGGCAAAGGACUUUGAUCCACGUAUGUCAUAUGUGGCCUCACCUAUUUCAGGCAAGUUUACUUGUGAUAGAAAAAUAUAGUCAUUUCAAAUUUAAAGGGACAUGCAUGCAGCAUAAUUUUAGAAGGUUUAUAAGAAAUUGCGACUUUCCUCUCACUUUCUAUAUCUUUGCCUGUCCAAAGAAGUACAAUGUUAUAUUUUGUAUGAACUUCAUUGAUCUGCAGACCGUUUGAUCUGCGUCUGUUUGAUGACUAAUUAAUCCUUGCUGUGUUUCGUUUCGUUAGAUGUAAUCAACAUAUUUGGAGUGGAGACUAUUUUGAUAUACACGGCUCUGCUGUUGAAGAAGAGAGUAGCUGUAUACAGUCCAAAAAUCGAGGCUCUUUUGGACAUAUGUAGGUAAGGUGUGUCAUUUUACAUUUUCGGCAGUUGAAAGGAGCUGGCUUGUGGAAUGUGAAUUUAACCCAUUCGCCCCUGGGAAUUUUGCCGAAAAAAACGCCUUUUGAGCCUACUGGAGCCCUCUCUCUUUAUAGCUGUUUGGUUUGGUCUAUAAAUAGCCCAAACUGCCUAAAACGUGUUUUAUAGGAUGAGCAAUUUACGGUCUUCUGUCCCGGGCAUGCACACAAAGCAGAAAAAAAUUCGGGGAUAGCUUUCGGGAUCGUAGGAUUAGAUGGAAGGAAGUGCGGGUGGGUAGUGAAACAAGAUUUUACUGGAAUUUUCUGGUCUUUUUUUAUGUUUUUGUUUGUCUGUUUCUUUGUUUGUUUGUUUUUGCGCUUCCCCCCAUAAUACAACCAUGCUGUGAAAGAUCUCUUCCCGCAGCAAAAGUUACAUGACAAAGUUACCCUUGACUAAUGAUAUCCGAAAAACUCGCCAGAAUGCCUUAAACGGCAACUGCAAAGUUUCCAUUACAAAAUAGCUGGGGUCGAAAACGUUACAAUUCUCAGUGUGUUUAUUUACCAUGCACGCGUGCUGUUGAGUCUUCGAUAAAUGGUUCGGCGGAAUAAACCCACACUUAGGAUAAACAUUUGUCAGCAGUUGUGAUGAACGUUAAAUAGACAAAACCAGGGGUUGAAAAGGCAAUCUAGGCCGAUUCAGCGCUUCUUACAGCAAAAAUUUGCAGUAACUAGAGAUCCACACUGCUCGAGGGUUCAAUGAAAAUGGUUCCAACGACUCUCCAUGCGAUAAUUCGCCCCAUGAUACCUCUGCCCUUGACCGUCUCCAGCGGUACAGGGGACGUGAAUCCACACGGGCGGCUGCUGGUGGUUCACAGCUGAAUAGGUUAAAUGAGACUUUUUUUCGAUCGAAAUUCUGAUGGACUGUAGUGUUAACGUGAUUUUUACACGUAGAAUUUAAAAUUCUCAUGAAUAAAACCCUCCCAGAUCAGAUAAAAAACAUAGUCUCGCAUUCUUGUUUUGUUCAGUUACUAUCUGCUCAUUAUCAGUGAUUCCAUCUUAUCCGUUUGAUUAUUCAUUUAGAGCUUUACCUUUGCUGGUCUGGCAUCGUCAGAAUUGGAGCAUUCUUCAUCCAUUUGUUCAUCUGGAGGAUGAUGAGUUAGAAGGGCUUGCGUCCAACAUAACAUACGUUGCUGGCUUCACUGAUGCUUCAGUUGAAAACAGAACGGAACUGUAUGACCUGUUUGUUAAUGGUAACAAAUUUUUGUAGCUUCUUAAUUAAUACGUAAGGUUAUAUCCCACGAUAGAGGCCCUCUUCGGGAAGGGGCGCGGGGUUUGGGGGGGGAGGUGGGGGCGGUGUAAGUAUGUCCCAAGUCAAGUGUUUCCCAAGUGUUUCAAAUAUGGUCGUUUCGCAUUUUGAGGAGUAGACCAUGUCCCUGUCGGUAUUUAACACAUAUUUAUGCCGUUUGGCACCAUUUCAUCUAGUCUUAUGUCCGGCAGUUUCAAAGCCAUGUCACUCGUCUGAAUUUUAUCCUAACCGGGCCUCACUUUACCGGGUAGCUCAUACGCCGGCACAAAAACCAUACCGGAUAGGGCCUCUGUUCACGCAUAAGAACGACAAUUUCGGGGCGAUUUCUGUAACGGAGGCUGCGCCGUGGCAAUCUCGAAAGUGUAGCAUCACAUAUUGGAUAAGUUCUGUGCCACACUUUGAUGGUGCAUUGUUAAUAGGUAUUUUGAUGGUAACGCCGGAAGUGAAUAAGUGAGAUCGACGUUUGCAAUCCACUGGGACGGAAGUAAAUAUUCAGGAGUGAGAACUGGCAUUUGGUGGACCAAAAACUCUCUGCCAACCGCUCCGGUACCAUUUAAUGUUCGAUGUGUGUGAACGACUUGUUCCAGUCCCGAGCCGUGACUGUCCAUACUAUGCCGGAUUGCUUUUCGUAUCUACACGAUAAGCUAUCCGGUAUUAUGUAGCCAUCCUCUGACCUGUUAUCUUAGUAUUACACUGUUUGGUGAAAGGAAAAACAAUCACAGUCCAACAUCGGUACAAUUUGGGCAGUACAUCUUGUCCCAUUUCUCAACACCGUUUGACUUGAAUGGUUAGGGUCUCUGUCUCACAUAGGUGGCCACCCUCUAGAGAGUCGACCAAACUUGACUGCCAGAAGAACGGCAGAGAACAACUCUAGGUGUUCGUUUAGGAAAGUUAUCUGUGUAAUCGUAGCGUCUGUUUCGAAAGAGUUGACCGAGCAAGCUUACGAGAGUCGGACCUCAGGGGAUCUCUACCUCAAGCAGGUCUGGCACAUUUUACUAAGGUGAAAAUAACGUUAAUACUCGAAUUAACGCCCAAGAGGCGACGCGUAUUUGAAUGGGCGUUGCAUUUCAUUCUUUAGUGAUUUCGGCCUCAAUAUGGCAUUAGUCCAUGUUUAAAAUGAACAAAAACAGAAACAUUCAACAAGAAAUCUAAAACGUACAUGUAUCUCCCAGUAUUUAUUCAAUUGCCUGUGUCUGCUGCGUAUUCUUGGCUCUGAACGUUCUAUUGUAACCAAGUUUUGUACCUGUCCUUAAGCAAAUUUGUCAAAGGAGCCGCAUCUUUAAUAUCUACUGAUGGGACGUUUAAGGUAGAGUCCAUUUCUACAUCGGUAGCUCUAAAUACAGCUGUAGUCAUCAUCUGAUUAACAAACCUGAGGCCGACGGUGCACUUACUUUUCCGCCCCCACUCCCCCUCCGCCUUUCCAUCAUGCAGUGCUCCGUUUAGUCAAAGUUUUUAAAGCUACUGAUGUACGCGGUAAGGAAAGAAGUCCACACAAGGAUUUGAGGUCAAAGCUGGGAAUCGUACCCGCGACCUUGCUCAGGAGGCCGCACUCCAACGAACUGUGUCAAUCUUUGCAACUUCUCUGGUGGUUGUUAGUGAUUUUACAUUUUCUGUAGUACAGUCAACUCUCUACAGCGAACACCCUUCGUAAGCGACCACUACUGAAAUUUCUUAAAACCACCUGACCACUUAUUAAAACACAAAUUUGACAUAUUCUUUUUUAAAGCGCUGACCAAGCGUGUUGACAGAUUACAUGUAUAGCAGUUGUCUUACAAAAAAGAUGGCUGAUACGAUUUGUAGGUAAAAAGGGUGGAUUAUAACACUGAUGCAAAAUGUUGUGUACACAAAUUUCAACAGUUUUAAGCGCUAUUCGAUAAAAACAUUAUUGUCAGUUGUCUGUUUGCUUAACUUUUAGCUUUUAAGGUAACAACUUUGUAUAAUAUGGUAUAUUUAAUCGUUCAGUUUGAGCUUAUUUUCUUGAUUUUUCCCGUAGACCGCCACCGGUAAGCGACCACUUUGUCGCGCACCAAGGGUCGUCGCUUACGACAGAGUUGACGGUAGCUACCCACCUACCCCUCCCCUAAGCCAACAUUUUGCCAUAAGUAAGAACUGAGUGUUAAUGUUGGUUUAGGGGAGGGGUAGGUGGGCAGUUUCACAGAAACGUAAAAUGAUCCAAAUUUUCCCCAUAAAUACAGGUCUCUUUACGUCCAAACGAAAUUUCUCUUUUGUGAAACGUUUUUUGUAUAUCAAAAUUAAUAAUUUAGUUCUCUUGCUAUUUCCUUUUCUUUCAGUUGCCGCCGGAGAAAUCUCUAUUGCACCUGAGGCGAAAGGUAUCAUUAAUUUGUAGUUCGAGUUCGAAUACCAGUUAAGUGGCACUGAACAAGCGCGCAUUCUCAAAUCUGGUGGUCCACCCUUCCAGUACAACAACGUUUUUUUUUUUUUACCAGAAACUCGUCGUAGGAAAACAAGUUGAAAUUAGGAUAGGUAAAGUGGAUUUUAAUCGGUUUUCUGGUGCUCAAUGGGCACUAGGAGGGCUUUAGAAGCAUUUUCAAGUGUUACCCUAUUAAGCAAUUGUUUCCCUCUAUUGAAUCCCAUUUUCCGUGAUGGUUGUUUCGUCUUUUGUCGUCUUUCUUCGAUGUAUCUUUAAUGAUCCCUAAUACGAGAGCGACAUGAACUCAUACUCGACGUUGAUGCUAAAACUAAUCUCGCACAUGAUCUAGUGUCGGUCUAUAAAACUCAUUUUAUGAUUAAAUGUCUUGAUCAUCACGCAUUUGUAUUUUUUGUUUGGUUUUCGGGUAUCUUCUUUUUUAUCUGUUUUAAUUUGUGCUUUUCGCUAUUUUCGUAGAAACUUUUCAAAUGGGAAAAAUUCACAAGGACAUUGCUAUGUUCAUGGUAGAGGCUGCUAAAAACGAGGAAUAUAAUGAUCAGACUUUGGUGAAGGUAAGAAGUAAUUCAGAAUUGCCUCCAGCUUUCUUAACUUGAGACGGAAAAAAAGUUUCUGAUCAUCUGUUUCAUUGUACCUUUCAAGUGCCAGGUUUUCUGGGUUGUUUCGGGCUGUUUUCCGAGUGUCUUGGCUGUUUUGGUGUUCCGGGUUUGUUACAUGCCCGCGAAAGGUAACGUUUGAAACCAGGUUCGAAAUUAGGCUUCUUUCUUAGAGUCGAUGAAACUUAAAUCUUAGUCUUCGUUAACACGCAGUGUGUUGUGAUAAAUAUUGAAAGAUGGAACAUGUUGGCUCGGUGAAUUGUUGGGAAAGGUGUUACAUGUACAUUCGUAAUUUCAUGAGCUGAGGACGAAUAAAGAGUCGUCUUGGAAAUUCACCUCUUUCCUUGCCUUAGCUUCGUUGCCUUGGUGGAUAUUAAGAAGAGCCAUUAUUUUGGGUGGGCGAGCUUUGAUUUAGUCCAUGGUCGCCACUUUUGUUCUCCAAAUAUGUAGGGGCCUUGACGAGUGAUUCCUAACUCUAAGGCUGCGUCUUUUACCCCCUUUGGCCACGAUAUCACUCUUAGCCUACGUAACGCAGCCCCUGGUAGGGUAUGGCUACCCGUGGGGUACUGCUCACUUAUUUCUGCACUGUUUUUCUCUGCUACCUUUCUUUCUACAACUGAAUGCGUGGAAGUAUAGGACAUAACGUAGCCGAGCGGUUAGGGCGCUGGACUUGACUGAGUUUAAGUCGCCGGCCACGCUUGUGAAAUAGCCAACUGGGUUGCCUGCUACAAGUUAGGAUUCUUAAACAUGUUAUCUUCCAUAUUUCCUUAAUUAAAUAACGUAUUUAUGUGUAUUUUGUUCAAUGCCUCAUUAUUUCGGGACAUCUCAGCAUCACCCAUUUGACGCGGUAUUUUAUGUUUGUUUUCUCCAUUUCAGGAAUUGUCCGUCAAGACAAAGGACCUUAUAAACAACCUCACAAAGCUAGCGGUGGAACCCGAGGGAGGAGGAAAGGCUAGGGUGACUUUAGAAGCUUUAAAACAACGUAAACUUACAGCUGUAGUGGAAAACUUUUUAUUUAAUCUUGCUGCAGCCGAGGGUUUGGUUUGAAACACAGGGACAUGUUUUAACAUCUAGAAUCUGAUUUACCGUGUGAUUUUGUGCCCCUUUUCCUGACUAGCAUGUCAAAACAACGCUCCUGACAACGCUUCUGGACCAGAAAGAGGGAAAUUCUCUCUAAAACUACGUAUAUUCAAUUUGCCUACUAUUCAGGCUUCUCCAGUGAUAACCGUGCUACUGAGUACAAUUUUGCCUUGCCCGAAUCGCUUAUAAAAUGGAAUAAUUGACGGUUUAUGUUUUUUGGUUUGACAAAAGUUUGUCCAGUCCUAAGGCAAGAUGACAGCGCUUUGACACAAGUCUAGGGGUGGAUUGUAAACAUUGUGUGCACUUAAUUUUUAGUGCCUGUAAACCGCGAUUUUUGACGUCAAAAUUUGAAAAAUAUAUAAAAGUCUUGUGUUGAUCCUCUGUCAAUCUAAGCUUUCUUGACAGAGAUAUGUGUUCAAAAGGAGCAAAAUUUUAUUACAGAAAUAAUUGACAGAUACCACAGUUCCAUGCUGAAAGAAGUAAAUGCAUGGUGAGCAUUUCUUAGUAUUGGUCACGAAUGGCUUAGCAAUAAAACCUUGUAUUUUUACUGUUACAGCACAUGUUUUGAGCUCUACAUGUAGCUCUUGUAAUAUCCACUACGCACACACCGCCAUGAUAGUUGGAACUGCUUUAAUGGUAAACAUCACGUGAUAUAGGUACAGAAUGCGUGCGAAGUUACACAGGAUACCACAUCCCUCCCCAACAUUACAAAGUGCCUUACUCAAGCAUUGUCUGAAAUAACAACAAACAAAAUAAGGUUUCUAUGCUUUAAUAAAGGCAGUGUCUCUUGUUAGGUUAGCACAUAACCUUUUAAGUAGGAGGGUUUCCUUCUGGUUCACUGGGGUCAGCAUGAUUGUGGGUCAGCUUCGGUCUGUUUUUCACUUGAUUGUAUGUGGUCACUUCCUUUCUCUGUUUGCUCUUGGCUUUGCCCC